CCCGGGAAGCGUAUUGCUGAGAUAAAUUCCACGCACUCCAUCUUUUUUUUAGAGCAUAAGGGGAUUUUCACGCACUCCAUCUCCAUCUCCAUCUCAUCGGUUGACCAUCACCACGAGCAAGGGAGGGAAGCUCACAACAACAAUGGCGCACGCCAUCGUCGAAAGCUCAUGGGCCAAGCUCACAUCCGCCAUCCAAGACGGGGCCGCGCCGGCGCCGCGGCACCCCGACCUCACCAGCGACCUGCGGAAAAUGCUGGAGGCGCUGGACGUCGUGAGGCCGCUGCUGGAGGAGGCCGAGAGGCGGUCGCUGCUCAAGGAGGCGUUGCGGAUCAGGAACGCCGCCGUCCGCAUCUGCGACCUGGUGGACGAGUUGCACCACGACUCGUGGGCGCCGGCUGAUGGAAAGGUGUUGUGGAACUCAUCAAGAUCUUCGUCUGGGCGAGUAUGAUGAGUCAAAGAGUCGUGAGAGUUCACAUGUUUGGUCAUCGCCAUCUGUGAGCCAUCGUCAUGUCCAAGUUCUCAUCUCUAUGAAGAUCCGUUGAAGAUGAAGCCUAUCCAGGUCAUCUAAAGUCUCGACGAGAGGAUCAAUUUCAACCGUGGGGGCGAUAAACCAGUAAAGGUGUGUUUAUACAAGUUGUUAAAAAUGCCUAUUCAACCCUCCUCUAGGUGACAUCUUGGUCCUUUCACAUAUGCGACCGGACCUCCCCAUAAAUACCCACAUAUUGGCUGGAUAUGGGGGGUGUUAAAUAACCCAAACAAAUGGGAUGGGUAUAGGGGAACCAGUUGGGUGCCCUUUUUUGUACGGGAGUGGUCGGGUUGUUCGCACGGACAUAUCUGUAUUAUUAAUGGGGAGUUGGCACGUUCUCCCACCUCUUUCUUCUUC